AGAUCUGCCAGACUAGUAGCACUGGAUUCUGCAGCUGCUUCACAAAUGAGAUUUCCGCAAACUUAACUGAGUUUCGUGCCUCGAGCAGUUGCAGAUUUGGACUUACCCUGUUUCUAGCCAACAGUGCGGGCAGAACUGAUGGAACAGGUGCCUCACAUUGCUAUGUUCUGUCAAGAAAACAGACCUUCAAUCCCAUAUGCUUUUUCCAAAUACUUACUGCCUAUUGUGGUACGAUACCUCGCAGACCAGAAUAACCAGGUAAGAAAAACAAGCCAGGCAGCACUGUUAGUUCUGUUGGAGCAAGAACUCAUCGAGAGAUACGAUGUGGAGACCAAAGUGUGCCCUGUGCUGAUAGAUCUAACGGCUCCAGACAGCAAUGACGAUGUGAAGACGGAAGCGGUGGCUAUAAUGUGCAAAAUGGCCUCCAUGGUGGGAAAGGACAUCACGGAAAGACUUGUUCUUCCUAGGUUCUGCGAGAUGUGCUGUGACUGCAGAAUGUUUCAUGUUCGUAAGGUGUGUGCAGCCAAUUUUGGAGAUAUCUGCAGUGUGGUUGGGCAGCAAGCCACUGAAGAAAUGCUGCUGCCGAGGUUUUUCCAGCUCUGCUCUGAUAAUGUGUGGGGAGUUAGGAAAGCCUGUGCUGAAUGCUUCAUGGCAGUUUCUUGUGCGACAUCACAGGAAGUCCGGAGGACAAAAUUGUCAACUCUUUUUAUUAAUUUGAUUAGUGAUCCUUCACGAUGGGUCCGCCAAGCUGCUUUUCAGUCUCUGGGGCCUUUCAUAUCAACUUUCGCUAAUCCAUCCAGCAGUGGCCAGUACUUCAAAGAAGAAGAUGGUAAAAACCCAGAAGAUUGUGGUUCUGCACAGGAAAACGGUGAACAAGUCAGGACUACAGAAGAUGUCACAACAGAGGAUGAGCACAACAGGACAGAGGAUCUGCCUGCACAUGUUGAUAAUGACGAUUUUGCAACAAAACUUGAAAAUGCCAUGGAAGAUCAAAAUACAGUGUCAAAUAACUCCCAGAGGGAAAAUGAUUUCCAGACUGAGUCAUCUUUCCAUUGCACUUUGUCUUCAGAAUCUUGUGGGGAAAUGGCUGAUGAGAACGAGCGAAGUUCUCAUUGCUGUACAGCUGGUCUGCAGGAGACUGAGCUGAAUUCACAGGAAGCCUCUCUUUCAGAGCAGGAAUUGUACAACUCUUUCCAUUUCUGGAGGACUCCACUUCCUGAAAUAGACAUUGACUUUGAGCUUCAGCAGACUUCUGAGAUAAUGCUUGAUAGAGAAAUUCAGGAACUCACUAUGCCAGUGUCUCCAAACAUUCCUAUGGCAACAAGAAAAGAAUUAGAAGAAAUGAUAGAGAAUUUGGAACCCCAUAUAGACGAUCCAGAUGUUAAAGCACAAGUGGAGGUGUUGUCUGCUGCACUCAGAGCAUCCAGUUUGGAUCCUCGAGAAGAGCCAGUGGCCAGCGUCAGCAAGGGACCAGACUCACAGACUGAACUAACCAUCAAUGACCAACAAACUUUUAAACCUAUACUGGGUGAUAUCGUGCCUUUAAUUGGUGACACUGUUGAGAAUAUGGAUUCUACACUUCACUAUAUUCAUAAUGAUUCAGAUCUGAGCACCAACAGUAGUUUCAGCCCUGAAGAAGAAAGAAAAUCCAAAGUACAGGAUGUUGUACCUCAAGCCUUGCUGGAUCAGUAUUUAUCAAUGACGGAUCCAUCUCGAGCACAAACAGUCGAUACCGAGAUUGCCAAACACUGUGCCUACAGCCUGCCAGGAGUGGCACUUACGUUGGGCCGACAGAAUUGGCACUGUUUGAAAGACACCUAUGAGACACUGGCAUCUGACAUGCAGUGGAAGGUUCGGCGGACACUAGCAUUUUCUAUACAUGAACUUGCCGUCAUCCUUGGAGACCAGCUUACAGCUGGAGAUUUAGUUCCUGUCUUCAAUGGCUUUUUAAAAGAUCUGGAUGAAGUUAGGAUAGGUGUGCUUAAACACUUGCAUGACUUUCUGAAGCUUCUUCAUCUUGACAAAAGACGGGAGUAUCUUUAUCAGCUUCAGGAAUUCCUGGUGACAGAUAACAGCAGGAACUGGCGUUUCCGUGCUGAGCUGGCUGAGCAACUGAUCUUGCUUCUAGAUCUGUACAGUGCCAGAGACAUUUAUGACUACUUGCGACCUAUUGCUUUCAGCCUCUGUGCAGACAAAGUGUCUUCUGUCCGCUGGAUUUCUUACAAGCUGGUUAGUGAAAUGGUAAAAAAGCUGUACAUGGCUUCAACAUCAACCUUUGUGGUAGACCUCAUGAAUGAACUUGUUGAAAAGUUCUGUCGAUGCCACAAAUGGUCUGGUCGGCAAACUUUUGUCUUUAUUUGCCAGACUAUCAGUGAAGAUGACUGCCUGCCCAUGGACCAGUUUGCUGUGCAUCUGUUGCCACACUUAUUACACUUGGCAUCUGACAGGGUUCCAAAUGUUCGAGUCCUGCUUGCAAAAACGUUAAAGCAAACCCUUUUAGAGAAAGAGUAUUUUCUCAAUUCUGCCAACUCUCAUCAGGAAGCUGUGGAGCAAACGAUUAUGGCGCUUCAAAUGGAUGAUGACAGUGAUGUCAAAUAUUUUGCAAGCAUACACCCUGCCAGUACCAAAAUUGCAGAUGAUGCCAUGAGCACUGCUUCAUCGACUUAUUAAAAAGUUCCGAAUGUUGCUAUAAUUAAA